AUGGACGCGGGGGGCCCCAGGGUGCUGGGCCCGGGCCCAGGGGCUCCUUGGAGCCGGGCACUGCCCACGGUGCUGCUGUUGCUGCUGCUGCUGGCCGCGCCCGCUGGCACCUGGUACAAGCACAUGGCUAGUCCCGGCUACCACACGGUGGGGCGCGCCGCCGGCCUGCUCCUGGGGCUGCGCCGUUCGCCCUACAGGUGGCGCCACCGCGCACUGCUCGCGUCCAUCGGGCCCCGCGUCUGGCACACCCUCGCCCCGCAGGCUCCGGGCCUGGGCACGUCCCCCCAGGGGCCCUCUGCCAGGGAUGCUCUUCUGCGGCUGCCCUCGGAGGUGCAGGCGCUACAAGAGGCGUCAGGCGGAAACGCCUGGGGAGGGCUUCUGGUCCGUGCGACCCCGAGCCUGCGCGCCGCGGAACCGGAGCCGCGGCGGGGCCCCCACUCCUGGACUUCAGGGACGCCCGUCAGGUACGUGGGGGAGAGAGAGAGAGAGGCCGGGUACCCGGACGGCAGCGGGAGAGGGGUCUCGACCUGUCUAAUAGGGGAGCGCACGGAGGUGCGCCUGCGAGGCACCCUGGGUCCUACCAACGCCGGGAGAGAAAAUUCUUCCCGGAGUCUCCACCUUUCCAGCCCGGGGGUGGCGCAGCGGAGGGCGCACGGCCCCCUCCCACCGCCUUGCGCUGUUCUUUCCAGAGCCUUCGGAGAGACGCCGCCCGGCCAGCCACGGUGCACCCAGCGAGAGGCCCUUGCCGGCCCCCGCCUCGCCCCGGGGCCGCCCUGA